GUGAUUGCCCAAAACAUGAAGAUAAGCUGGUCUGCAUAUGACACAUCUGCAACUAAUUUCAGACCUUUGGUGGUAAUUGAGCUUGCAAAAGACAUUAAAGAUGAAACGAAGGAAUGGCUGACACAAAAGAUUGUAGAGAAGAAGAAAAAUGGAGGAGCCCAGCUUCUGGUUAAACCCUUGGUAGAGGAUGGGGAAAAAAUAGAAGGAAACCACAACAUAUAUCUUGUUGGAGCAUCUCCCUUGCGGCUGCUUCUAGGAGCUGAAACAGUGGGGUUGGUGAAAGAAUGUAAUGAUAAUACAAUGAGAGCCUUUACAUACACCACCAGAAAAGCCUUCAAAGAUUUUGCAGAAGACAACCAUGACUUCCUAACAAUGGCAGAGUGUCAGUAUGUCAUCAAACAUGAACUUGAAAACCUGAGAGCUAAAGAUGAAAAUAUGAUCCCUGGCUAUCCUCAGGCAAAGCUUUAUCCAGGAAAAUCAAUUAUACGAAGGUUAAUAACUAAUGGUAUUCUAAUUCAGAUUUUUCCACUUCAUGACACAGAAGAAUUAAAGAAACUCAAGCACACAUGGUGUGGUCAAGUGAAAGUUAGGUACCAGCCCUUAGAUGAAAUUCGUUGUUACUUUGGUGAAACAAUUGCUGUCUAUUUUGCCUUUUUGGAAUACUUCACACUUGCUUUGGUGCCAAUGGCUGUCAUUGGAAUUCCUUAUUAUUUCUUUGACUGGGAAGAUUAUGACAAGUAUGUGAUGCUUGCAGCAUUCAAUCUGCUUUGGUCUACGAUUAUCCUUGAAGUUUGGAAGCGCUGUUGUGCUGUUAUGGCCUACAGGUGGGGAACGCUGUUGAUGAAGCGACAGUUUGAGGAACCCAGACCAGGAUUCCAUGGAGUUUUAGGUAUCAAUCCUGUGACUGGGAGAGAAGAGCCAGUGUACUCUAGCUUUAAAAGACAAUUACGGAUUUAUUUGGUUUCCUUGCCAUUUGUGUGCCUUUGCCUCUACCUCUCGCUUCAUAUCAUGAUGAUUUACUUUAACUUGGAACACCAGGCAUAUUUAUAUCAUGAAGAGAACCAGUCUGAAUUGAGCAGCUUGAUGUUAUAUGUCCCCAGCAUAAUUUAUGCUGUUGUGAUUGAAAUUCUAAACCGCAUAUAUCGAUAUGCUGCAGAGUUCUUGACCUCAUGGGAAAACCAUAGAUUGGAAUCUUCACAUCAGAAUCACCUAGUCCUGAAAGUCUUAGUGUUCAACUUUUUAAACUGCUUUGCCUCGUUAUUCUACAUUGCUUUCGUCUUGUUUGAUAUGAAACUUUUGAGACAGAGUCUGGCAACUUUGCUGAUAACUUCACAAAUCCUUAAUCAGUUCGUUGAAGCUGUAUUGCCUUACUGGCUCCAAAAGAGACGGACUAAGAGUGUCAAGAAAAAGGUGAAAGCGUUGGACAUAGAUACUGACCUGUCUUUACUUGAGCAAGUUAAUUUGGAAAAAGGAAUGGAUACCUAUUUGGGUACUUUUGAUGAUUAUUUGGAGUUGUUUUUACAGUUUGGCUAUGUAAGCCUUUUUUCAUGUGUCUACCCUUUGGCAGCUGUUUUUGCAGUGCUAAACAACAUCACAGAGAUAUACUCUGAUGCCUUAAAAAUGUGCAGCAUCUUUAAACGCCCAUUUUCAGAACCCACAGCAAACAUUGGUGUUUGGCAGUUGGCUUUUCAGACUAUGACUGUUAUAUCUGUAGUUACCAAUUGUGUCCUGAUUGGCAUGUCACCCCAAGUGAAUGCACUGUUUCCAGACUCAAAAAUGGAACUUAUCCUGAUUGUGGUGUUGGCAGAGCAUUUAAUUAUAGCUAUGAAGUUUCUUAUGGCAUUUGUGAUUCCUGAUAAACCACGAGAUAUUCAGAUAAAAUUGGCAAGACUAGAAUUUGAAUCUCUGGAGGCACUCAAGCAGCAGCAAAUGAAGUUGGCAGCAGAGUCCCUGAAAGAAGAAACACGCUAAGAUAAACUGAGCAUCUGCAAGAUAUAAAGUUUACAAGUAUUAACAGCAAGAAAUGCCUGAUAUUUUCACUUCAGAACAUUACAUAUCCUUAUUCACCACUUAAAGCCUAACCCAAAGAAAAACUGUUUCUCCUUUUCCUUUGGCACACAAUGUAGAGCUUGACUGAAGCCUUUGCCAGAUCUGGCUACAGUCACCAGUAUAUGAAACGAAAUAUAAGUGUCCCUUAAGGAUGCAAGUAUUAAUUGUAACUGUAUAAUCCUGAACUGCAGGCUUAAAAAGAAAAAGCAUUCUGGAGGCAGCAGUAGUCAUAGCUUCAUAUCCCCCAUGGCAGUUAAACAAUUUUAUCCUCACACUAGAAUAUUUAAUCACUAUUUUUUAGGUGGCUUAUUAGAUAGCUCCCUGCAUUUAUGAAGACAUGAAUCUAAGUCUUGUUUAAAGUAUAGUGUGACAUAUAAAUCUGUCCCUUAGGACCAAUUCAGUGCAAGGUUUUUUGUUUUAAGAAAUGUGUGCUGUAAAGUGUAUGAAACUGUAUCAUAGCUUUAAAACCUGUGCCCUAGUCAAAUUAUUUGUUUUAAGGAGCUGGUAAAUAAAGCAUGAAGCAAGCCUCAAGCAUCUUGACCUAGUUCCAAGAAGGUGUACCAAGAGAGCCAUUAAAACAUUGUCAUUGUGAA